UUUUUUUGAGCACCCGAACCAUUCCAAACCUUGGGCAAAUUUGCUACACAAAGGGUUUUUAAACAUUUACUCGUCAAUUUCACAUCUCUGCUUAAACCCUCGAAAGGGGGCUCAAACCUUCUUAUAUCUUUUCUGUAUUGUUUUCUUGACGAUAUAAGAGAGCCAUGCCUCACAGGAAACUGGGACGGCCCACCGGCCAUCGACUUUCUAUGCUGAGGACAAUGGUUUCACAGCUGGUUAAACACGAGCGGAUCGAAACCACCGUGGCCAAGGCAAAGGAACUCAGACGAUUGGCUGAUACUGUGGUUACCCUUGGGAAAAAGGGAACAGAUUCAGCGAAGAGUUUUGCUCGUGGAAUUCUUAGGGGAGACGAUGUUAUUCAUAAAGUCUUUACUGAAUUUGCUUACCGUUAUAGGAACAGAGCAGGUGGCUACACCAGAUUACUACGAACUCGUAUCAGGCAGGGAGAUGCUGCAGAGAUGGCCUAUAUUGAAUAUGUGGACCGUGAUAACGAAUUGAGAGAAGCCAAACCAGCUGCUAAACCUCCUAAAAGGCUUCCAUUGGAUCCUUGGACCAAGUCUCGCCUUAGCAAACAAUGGCCUCCCCGUGAGAAUGUAUCGACACAAGCCAAACCAACUGUUUCACCACCUGAAAGGCCACAUUGAAUCCUUGGACCAAGUCUCGGCUUAGUAAAAAUUGGGCUCCCCCAUGAUAAGAAACUGUUUGGUGAUUGUUUGUAAAAUUUGGCAAUUAAAAAUUAAAUUGGCCUAUUUUGAAGGGGCAAAUUCUAUUAUUUUUUGAUAAAAUUGCUUAUAUGGGGAGUUUAUUGAGCUUACAAGCAGAAAUAACCAGUGUUGCAGGUUACGCUAUCCCAAAAAGCUGGGCAAAACCUGGUUUUUCUGGCUAUAAAUAGAGUAUAAACCUGAGUGUUUUUGACCACCGCGAUUCAUACGGCGUCAAUUUCUUCAGAAUUGAGAAUCUUGGGAUUUUUUAACCCUCCGCUGCUGCCUGGAGUGGUAUUCGACAGUAGCAGGAAUGUUUAAAAUUUAUUUUUUGACAUAACAGGUAUGCAUAUGUGAUCGAAUAAUUUUUGCUUUACUGUUGUCGAAAACUUAAUCAAUCACAUUAAAUAAUAAUAAAGAUAUAUUAUUAAUUUUAA